AUGGCUCCAUCAUCCGGCGGAAAGCAGGAAACGGAUGAGGGGGGGUCCGGAAGGGGAGCCGGGGGGAGCGGAAGGGGUUCAGGGGGGGGAAAUCUUACCCCUGAGGCGGCGGAGAAGCAGCUGCAGGCGCGGUGGGAGCGGAUAGAGGAGGCGCUGGGUGAGCUUCCGGAAGAUGACGAGGCGGAGGAGAAACUGAUGGCGCUUAAGGGACAAUGGUUCACUGACGCUUUUUCCUUCCUCUCCGCACUCCCCCCCUCUGCCCACCUGUGGUGCCGCCACCGAUCCCUCACUCAACCACUCUUAGAACCUUUCUACCACUACCACUCGGGCCCGCCCGACACGCGCGCCACACUGCACGCGCUCUGGGCGCGCAUGGCGGGGGAGAUGCGCGCCUGCACGCGCUGUGUGGCGAGAUACCACGCAGCGAAGAGAGUGUACGAGGAGGAAUAUGUGGAGGAAGUGGUGGGGCCUGUGUUGGACACGCUGAGGAGGUUGGAUGAGGAGAGGGUGGCGGGAGAAUUGAGGGCGCUGGUGGGUCGUGCUGGAGGGACGGGUGGUGGUGUUGGAGCUGGUUCUGGUGGUGUUUCGAGCGGUUCUGGUGGUGUUUCGAGCGGUUCUGGUGGUGUUGGUAGCGGUGCUGGGAGCAGUGGCAUGGCUGGAGGGCAGGUUUUGGAUGCAGAGAGGGACGGGCCGGGGGUGAUCUGCUUAAUGUUUGAGCUGCUCAUGUACCCACGUGUGCUGGAGGAUGCAGAGGUGUUCGCCCUCGCUGGCCCUGCUCUAGUGCUCGUGGAAAGGCAUUUCGACCUCUCACUCACCCCGGGGCAGCGAUACCCGGUGAGUCAGUGUAGGAGGGAGAAGGGCCGGCCCGGCCGGGGGGAGAGGGACGGGCCGGGGGUGAUUUGUGUCAUGUUUGAGUUGCUCAUGUACCCGCGUGUGCUGGAGGACGCAGAGGUGUUUUCCCUCGCUGGCCCUGCCCUGGUGCUCGUGAAAAGGCACUUUGACUUGUCACUCACUCCGGGACAAAGAUACCGGGGUCUGUACCAUGUCAUGCUGCAUCCCAUCCCAACAAAGACACUCGAGCCAUCGUCUAUACCCCACGGACAGGACUUCAGCAAAGUCACUAGAGCCAUCGUGUAUACCAUCGUCUAUCAUCCUCCUUUCCCCCUUCCCCCCACUCAGGGCCUCUACCAUCUCAUGCUUCAUCCCAACAAAGACACUCGCGCCAUUGUCUACACUCUCGCCAAGCCCCUCGGCCUCUUCAAAACAGCAGCAGAUUUGAGGCCCAUCGACCCCCUCCUGCAGCAGUGCAUGCACGUCCUGGAGUAUGACCUCUUUGAUACAAGCACACCCGCUACUGGCACAGGCACAGGCUCGGGAACAGGCUCGGCAGCAAUCUCGAGAACAGGCUUGGGAAGAGCCGGUGCUGCUGGUAACGCCACUGCCUCUGCGAGUGCGCAAGGGGGAGCAGGAGUUGGGGGUGGGAGGGAGGGGGGCGAGCGGCCUCGUGUGGUGCAUUCGAAGGAAGAUAUGUGGCAGGGACUGCUCACCAUCCUGUCGCUCAUGGCGCCACCAGCACUGGACGAGGGGGUGGUGGAGCGCUACCCGGCUUUCGUGAGCAUAGUGCUGAACCACGUGGGGGAGGACACAUCUGUCUUCCGACCCGCCCUGGCAUGCCUCAGGAUGAUGCUGCAAGUCACAGGAUACAAGCUCUGGUUGCACUCGGCCUUCCCGCCCGGUGUCGUGCGCAACACGCUCAUCUCGCAGUGCUUCAACUCCUCCCACGAGCCCACCCACAAGCUCCUGCUUGACCUCCUGCCGCCCUUCCUGCAGUCUGUGGAAUCGCUGGAAACAGAGGAAUUCGAGAGGCAGCGGCGCAACAUCCUCUUCUUCCUGCUCAUCCAGCUGCCCAACAGCCGCAACUUCAGCACCACCACCAUCAAGAUCGCCCGUCGGAUCGCAUUCAGCCUCAUCCUGCACUCCUACCUACUCACUCCGCCUCUCCCGCCCACCGACUGUGCUGACAUCUGGGGGCCGCCCCUCGUGGGGGCAGUCAAGGACGCAUCUCUCCCCGACCCCCUCCGCCUGCCUGCCAUCCACCUCGCCCAAGCAAUCAUCACUGCCGAUACUGCUGCCCUCACCUCGCUCGCGCUCUCCCGAGCCUUCGCUGGCACUUCGGUGCUAGGUCCGGGCUCAGGUCCGGGCGCAGGUUCGGGGUUAGGUUCGGGGUUUGCUGUGGCAGGUGCGUUGUUUUCGCAGUCGCUGGUGUGCCCAGGGGAAGGGGAUGAGGGAGGGCAUGGAGGGGAGGGAGGUGGGGGUGGUGGUUCUGGUAUUUCUGGUGCUGCUGACACCAGCACAGGCCAAAUUUCCUCCUCCUCCACCUCCUCCCUCACCACCUCCUCCUCUUCUUCCUCUUUAUCCUCAAUCUCGGAGGGUUUGCCUCAAGACCAGCUGGACCGGCUUGCUGAGGUGGCGGCAGCAGAGAGCGACAGGUGGCAGUGUGCUCCCGCGCUCUGGUUGGAGCUACUAGAGCGAAAUCCCCCCCAGUGGUUACCAAAACCGUUACUCAGAGCAGCCGUUUGGGUGGCAGGGCACUUCUGUCUCUCUGCUUCCGCCGCUGCUGCGGCUGCUGGUACUGGUGGUGGUGGUGUUGGGGUUACAUCUGCUGGGAGUAAGCCUCUUGUUACCAGCGGUCCUGCAGUUACCAGCAGUGCGGUGGUUACAGCGGCUCUGCACUGGAGAUUGGCUCCUGGGGCGGGGGGAGGGGGGAGAGGGGCGAAAGCAGGGUGUGUGAAUGCGGUGGCAGCAGCAGAACACGAGGAGGAAUUAAGCGUCAUUCUGCAGAGUCUCAAUGUACCUAUUCCCCUCAAUACCCUCCUUCUUCCUCCUUUAUCCCGUUCUAUCCCGUUCCUUCCCAUGCCACGUGUCCCUGUAUCACAGGAGCGUGUCCUCUUGCCUCGUCCAGAUCAGAGGCGCCAAUCGGCUCAAGCUGCUGACGUGGCAUGCCAGCCUGGCAGAGCCUCUCAUCUUCCUCCUCAUCGAUUCCCAACUGGCGCCUCAAAAGUGAAUCUACCACCAUUUCGCCUUCCUUUACCUGUCCCAUGUGCGUCUCUCUCCCCACUCCCCCUCCGCUUCCCCCUCUACCCUUUCUCCCACUCCUUCCACCUCUCCCCCUCCCAGCCCAACAGGGACAUGGCUCGAGAGCUCCUCACCUCCCUCUGCAGGGACCACCGCAUCGACCGCCAGCUCGCCUUCCUUGCCGCCUCCCCCACCUCUAUCCCUUACCUCUGUCCCCCGUCUUCACUCCUUCACUCCUUCCUCCCCCAGCCCAACAGGGAUAUGGCUCGAGAGCUGCUAACCUCCCUCUGCAGAGACCACCGUAUUGACCACCAGCUCGCCUUCCUCGCCUCCUCCUCCGUCUCUGCCCGUGGGCUCGUUCGGGCAUUCGCCAAGGCGGCUGCUGUGGUGAGAAAUCAAAUGGGUACUGUCAUGGGUGCAGGAGAUCGUAUCGUAUCGGAUCAUCUCCUCUGCUGCCUCUGCUCCCAGCUUGUUCAGGCGUUUGUCAAGGCUGGUACUUUGUUGUCCCUGGACCCCACAGGAAAGCAAGCGUCAAUCAUCCAGGGCCUUCUCUUCUAUGCAUCCAAGCUCCUCGGCCCUCCCUCCGUACACCUCUCCUGCAUCUCUCCACCGCACUCCACUCCUCUGCCCGGCCCCUCACCUCCCUCACCCAGCCUCACUGCUAAGGCAUGUGCUGAUACCAUCACCACUGGCGGUCAGAAGCUCGUAUUUGUCCGUCUGUUCGAGAUCCUUCCCCUGGCUGUCAACCAUCUACUCCCUUCCUCAUCUUCCAUCACGAGCAGUAGCAGCAGCACUCCCAAAGCUGCUGCCACUGCGGCUGCUGCAGGCACCACUGCCUCCCCCCAUCCAACUGCCCCUGGGCUUUUCAAAGUUCCCAGCAUGGUUUGCGAUGGUAAACUCUCACUCUUCCCAAUCGCUGCUUCUUCCCCGGAGAUUCCGAACCUGCUGCUGGAACGGAGCAUCGGCCAGGCCUGGGGUGGAGGCUCGGCAGGGGUACGGGCCUCUUGGUUUGGGGAUGGAGGAAUGGGUGGUGCGGGGGCUGGAGGGAGAGAGGAGGAAGCUGAUUGGGUGGCUGACGUGGCAGCUUGUGUGACUGUAAAGGAUGGGUCUAUACUGCAUCGAUGGGUGGAUGCUUCAGCAACAGUGCUGAAAGCGUUACAGGUUACAUGGAGCCUUAUCACUGGUAACCACAUCAGAGAAUGUAACAAAAGUGGUCAUGGUAUGAGCAGCAACAGCAGGACUGGUGGUCGCAGGGGAGGUGGGAUUUGGGGGAGGUGGAAAUGGGCUGUGCUGCUGAGGGAUUUCUGUAGUUGCCUGAUUGCUGGGAUUAAGCUAAAUGUUGGUGUGAGCUUGUCUCAAGAACAGAAGGAUAGGCUUUUGGCAGCAGCACAGCAUGCAGCGUCGCUUAUCGCAGCUUCGGAUGCCGAACCUCCGCCAAAGCAGCCGCUCCCGAGCCUGAGGGUUCCGUCUGUGGACGGGGGGAUGGUGGAUGGGGAGGAGGGAGAGGAGGAGGGUGGGAGAGAGGGGAUUGAAGAUUUGAUUUACUUGUUUAGUGAGGAUGAAGAGGAGGAGAGGGGUAAGGAGCAGGGGGAAAGGAGGGGUGAGGAUGAGGAGGAGAGCAGGGGGAGGAAAGGGGAGGAGAGAGUGGGUUGGGGUGGGGGUUGGAGUGUUGGAGGAGUGGAAAAAGGGACUGCCGGAAAGGGGAAGGGAGGAAUGGUUGAGACUAUAGAUCUGGACGAGAUUGAGGAGGGUGCUGGGGUGGGUGCUGGUGGGAUGGGUGCUGGUGGGAUGGGUGCUGGUGGGAUGGAUGCUACAGGGGUGAAAGCAGUGAAGCAGGAAGUACAGGGAGGGAAGCAGGAGGAGGGAGUGGGUGAUAUGAAUAUGGAGGAGGUAGUAGAAGAAGAGAUGGAGGAGGAAGAAGAGGAGGAAGAAGAGGAGGAAGAAGAGGAGGAGGAGGAAGAGGAGGAGGAGAUGGGGGAGGAGGAUGAGGAGGAGGAGGAGGAGGAGGAGGAUGAGGUGCCGAUAGGGCAGCUGAAGCGAGGCAGUGAAGGUGGGGGCGCAGAGGCUGAGACUCCAUCUGGGGAAGGUGCAUUUGCCAAGUCGGCGCCUUCUUUUCCGUUCUCCGCAGGCGCUGCAUCCUCCUCCUCUCAUGCUGCCACUCCCUUCGCCGCCUCUCCCUUUGCCUCUCUCCUUUCCUCGCAAGCAGCAAAGCAGCGGCGCCGAAACACUCUCGAAAAAUACCUGCGCACGCAGGUUGCAGCUGCCGCUGGCGCUGGUGCUGGUGCUACAGCCGCUGCCGGCACUGCUGCUGCUGGCACUGGGGGUGCAGGCAUGGGAAAACCGAGUGCAGGGUCAAGGCUUGGAGCAGGAGGGAUCGUUUUUAAGAAGCCGCGGAGUCUUCUAAGCAGAAAGCCAGGUGUAAUGAAAGGGGCAGGCAGAGGGGGCAAGCUGUCAGCGAUUCGAGAGUCGCACAAGGCAGAGGUGGAGCAGAGGAACAGUGCACUGGGGGACGUGCAGCGGCAAAUCAGAGAGCGACAGCUGGCGGAGAGGCUGAAGCAGCAGCAGCAGCAGGGAGGGGCAGGGGGGGCUGGUGCAGCAGCGGAUCCGUUUGCAUUUACUGUGGAGCCACCCUCGGGUGCAGGUUUAUCUGGAGCAGGCUUAUUCGGCAAAGCCCCUGUCCCACCAGCCAUGGCACGUUCAGCAGCAGGGGCAGGGGCAGCAGGUGGAGCAGGAGCAGGAGCAGCAGGGGCAGCAGGGGUGGCAAAAGCAAAGGCGGCAGUGCUUCUAGAGGUCUUUGCAGAUGAUGACUUGGAUGCAGAGCUUGAAAGAGAAGCAGCAAAGGCUAGGAGGCCAGGAGGGAAACUUUCAAUAGGCGGGCUUGAAGGCAUGAACCGCGUUGCAGACCAGAUCAAACGCCACCAAACCAUCGCACUAGGCUCGGACCAGGCCGGCCAGGCAGGCUUGGCGGGUAGGCUCGGCAUCCAGGACUGGAUGGCUUGGAAGAAGCCGCCUCUGCCGAAGCUAGACGAUUGGUUUUGGAAGAUCCUGGCCAUGGAUUACUAUGAGGUGGUGUCUGGUUCCGAGCCUGCAGGUUCGGCGAGCCGGGGGCUGGUUCGGGUGCCAGACGAGUUUGGUUCGGUGGCGGAGUACGUUCGGGUGUUCCAACCACUAGUCCUGGAGGAAUUCAAGGCGCAGCUUCGGCGAUCGUACGAAGAUGCUGUUGGCUCGGGAGGAGGCGGAGGAGCGGGAGGAACGGGAGGAGUGGGAGGAGCGGGAGGAGGGGGAGCGGGAGGAGGGGGAGGCGCGGGAGGAGGGGGAGCGGGGGAGAGGAGGGGAGGGGCGGAGGUGGCAUAUGUGGGAGCGCUGAGAAUGUUGUCGAUAGAGCGGGUGGAUGAUUUCCAGCUCGCGAGGUUCAUGGCCGAACCUGGAGCUUCAUCGGGGUCUCGGGCGUUUUGUGGGGAGAAUGAUCUCGUGCUGCUCACCCGUAAAGUGCCCGACCAUGCUGCUGCAGCGGCGGCAGCUGCUGCUGGGAGCGAUGCUUCUGCGGCAGCACAGCAGCUUCAUGUGCUGGCCAAGGUGGAGAGAAGAGAAUACGAGAGGGAAUCUCGGGCAAUGGUAAUCCAAUUGCGUCUCUUCCUCCCGCCCACCGGCACCCCUCGCCUCGCACGCUGCAAGCAACUCCUGGGCGACCGCAGCUGCUGGCACGUCACGCGCAUCCUCUCCCUCGUGCCCCACAUGCGCGAGUUUCAGGCCCUCGCUGCUGCGCAGUACCUGCCGCUGCUCCCACCUCUGCUUAAGCCCAGCUGCUUUCGUGCUGCCAGUUCAGGUGCUGCCGGUGCUGCUGGUGCCGCUGCUGGUGCUGCUGGUAGUGGUGCUGCUGGUGCCGCUGCUGGUGCUGCUGGUAGUGGUGCUGCUGCUGGUGCUGCGACUGCAUCUCUGGAAGGAACGCCUCUGCCAGUCGCCCUCAGGCACAAGUACGAGGCCCAGUUCAACGAGUACCAGCUGCAAGCCAUUCAGCAGGCGGUCGGAACAAACAAGGACGGGUCAUCCAGCAGCAAUCCGGGCUUCAGCGGUGCUGCUCCUGCUGCUGCUGUUGCUGCCGGUGCUGCUGGUUUUGGUGCUGUUGGUGUUGGUCGUGCUGCUGCUUCUGCUGCCGCUGGUGGUUUUGGUGGUGGUGGUGGUGGUGGUGGUGGUGGUGGUGGUGGUGGUGGUGGUGGUGGCGGCAGUACAGAGGCGAAUCGACAGCUGGUGUUGGUGCAGGGUCCGCCAGGGACAGGCAAGACCCGCACCAUCGUUGCCAUCAUCACAGCCUUGCUAGCCUGCAAGAAAAGAGUUAACUCUGGGAAUCAGGAGCACUCGGGAGCAGGAGAAGACACGGGUGUGGGCUGGGAUCUGAAAGAGCCGAGGGUUAGGCAGCUUGGGAGGGCGCCAGGGUUGAGGGGUGGGGCGGGUGGGUUGGGUGGGGAGGGAAAGAGGGUGAGUACUGCAACUGCUAUGGCUCGUAUGUGGCAAGAUGCUGCUGUUGCCAUGGAUUUGGAGAGAGGGGGGAUGAGAGGAGGAGUGAGGGGAGGAGUGAGGGGAGGAGGAGGGGUGAGUCGAGGAGGGGGAGCUGGAGGAGGUAGUGGAGCGGGAGGAAGGGCAAGCGGGGGAGGAGGAGGGGGAGAGGGGGCAGGAGGGGCAGGGGGGAAGAAGCAGCGGACGAGGGUGCUGGUGUGUGCGCAAUCCAAUGCUGCAGUGGACGAAAUCAUAUCUAGGAUCUUCCGAGCCCAUUCCGAGGCAGCCAAGGACGGGGAGGACGCGACGGCGCGAUCUCAGCCGUCGGUUGUGCGCGUUGGGAACGUGUCUGCUGUCCAUCCGGACUCUCUACAUAUUCACAUUGACACACUAGUGGCAAAGAGGCUAGUGAAAGAAGCAGCUGCGAGAGGUGUGAAUGUAGGCAGUGGUGAUAGUAACGAAGGGGGGAAAGAGGGUGGUAGUGGGGGUGUGAGCGAGAAGGAUUGGAGGGACGCGUUUGGUGAUGGGGCGUUUGGUGGGGGCGCGCGUGGUGGUGCUGACACUCGUGGGGGCACAGGCAGUGGCACUGCUGCUGCUGCUGGUGCUGGUGGUGCGAGUGGUGGUUUGGGAACUGAGAGUGCUGUGAGAGAGAGAGUGGCGCAGUUGAGGCAGCAGUUGGAACGGGCCUUUGAGGUGAUCAGAGCAGUAGAGGCACUUCGAUGCAAGAAACGCUCAGGGGAGGACGGGGAGGGUGGGGAGGAGGGAAGAGCGGAGGAGGGAGAUGGAGGGAAGGGUGGUGGUGCGAGGGAGAGGAGACGGGAGGGUGGAAGGGGAGGGGGAGAGGAGGAGAAAACGGCAGAGGAAAUAGCAGAGGAGAUUAUAUCGCAUGGGGAGGAGACGAUUAGAGCGAGGCUUAACCUGCUUUAUCGGAAGAAGCGGGAGAUUUCGGCUGACCUGGCAGCAGCUGAGAAGGAGCGGCGGGCAGCUGCAGAAGAGGAUAAAGCGCGCCGGGCAGCUGUGAAAAAAGAGAUUAUAAGAGAGGCGGAAGUGGUUGUGACUACAUUAAAUGCGUGUGGAGGGGAUGUGUUUACAGCAUGUUGGGAAGGGGCAGGGGAGAAGGGAGGGAGAGGGGGAGGAGGAGCAGAGGGGAUGGGUGGUGGUGCUGGCGGUGGGAGGUUUGGGGGGAGUGGGGGGAUGGGAGGGGGGGUUCUUGGAGCGAGGGGGAGGGGAUGGGGAGGAGGCAUGGGGGGAGGAGUCAGAGGAGGAGCUUCAGGUGGUUUUUCAGGUGGAGGGUCAGGUGGGGUGCUGCCGUCGUGGAUGGAGGGGUUGUUUGAUGCGGUGGUGAUCGAUGAGGCUGCUCAGGCAUUGGAGCCAGCCACUCUCAUUCCCCUCCAGCUGCUCAGUCGAAUCAGCAGCCGAUGCAUCAUGGUGGAGGACCCCAACCAGGUCCCAGCCACAGUCCUCUCUCGCACCGAUCCAACCUUCGUACGAGCACUCACCCCCCUCUACUCCUUUUUACCCUUGUCCACCCCUCUUCAUCCCUCUUCACCGCACUUCACCAGGUGGGCUAGCUACCCCAAGCAGCUCCCAGCUACAGUCCUCUCCCUCACGGCAGUGGGCGACCCCAAGCAGCUGCCAGCAACAGUCCUCUCUCGUACGGCAUCCAACCUUGGCUACGAGCGCUCGCUCUUUGAGCGCCUACAGACGUCUGGUUACCCUGUUACCAUGCUCUCCACACAGUACCGCAUGAACCCUCACAUCUCCCGCUUCCCCUCCUCCUUCUUCUACCAGUCCCUUCUCUCUGACGCUCCCUGUGUCACCGCCCCCUCCUGGUCCUCCCCCUUCCAAGCCUUUCCAUCCAAUUACCCCUCACCAUCCUCGUUUCAGUCUGAUUCGUUACAGGCUGAGCAGCAGCAGCACAGUGUAGGGUCAACAGCCCCGCUGCUUCCGUAUGGUGUGUAUGAUGUGGAGGAUGGCGUGGAGAGGACUAGAGGGCCGGCUGGAGCCCCUUCCUUGUGCAAUGAGGGGGAAGCGACGGCUGCUCUGGAGCUGUACCUCCUGCUCAAGCAGCGGUUUCCUGAGGAGUGUGCGCCUGGCAGGGUAGCAGGCUUGAAGCACAAGGAUGGAAGCCGAGAGGAGGAGGUGUUAGAUUCUCGUGAGAAGAAGGUGCCUGAAGCAGCAGCAGGGCCGAGGGUGAGAGAGGAUGGAGCAGUGCUAAGGAAGGGAGAAGGAGAGAUGAGAGAGGCUGAGGGGAGGGAGCAUGGGGCGAGACCGACUGAGGGGAUUCAGAAUGUGGAGGAAUUGGGGAAAAGGGAGAGGGAGAGAGGGGAUGGGGAUGGGGAUGGGGAUGGGGCAGUGAUAAGGGAAGCAGCGGGAGGAGGGGAAAGAAAUAGGAUGAAGGACAGGGAAAGAGAAUUAGACAAGGAGAGGGGAAGGAGUAUGGACAGAGGAAGGAGCCGGGACAGGGAGCAGGAAAGAGAGAAGGACAGAGACAGGGACAGGGGCAGGGAUAGGGACAGUGAUAGAUAUAGAGGCAGGGAUAGAGGUAUAGAUAGAGAUAGAGAUAGGGCAAGAGACAGAGAAAUGCAGAGGGGAAGGGACAGUGAAAGGGAAAGAGUUAAAGCUAGGGAAGGGAGCAGGGAGAGGGAGCCUGGCAGGGUACCAGAGCAAAGGGAGCAAAGAGUGAGACCAGUGUUUGACAUUCCAGAGGUGGUAAAGGAUCUGAGGACGAAUGUGUGGAUUCAGAACGGUGAGAAGGGGUUCUUUAUGUGGUGUGUGAAGAGGGAAGGUGAUCGGAGACACGGAUUGAGUGGGGUGAAGAGGGAGGCUGAGAGACGGAGGAGGGAGAUGAGGAUGAGAGAGGGGAGAGGAGGGGAGGGGGUGAAGGAGGUAGAUAGGGAUAAGGCUAAAGAGCAUGAGAGGGCAAGGGAGAAGGAAAGGGAUAAGACAAGGGAGAAGGAAAAGGAGAAGGAAAAGGAGAAGGAAAGAGAGAGGGUUCGGGAUAGGGAACGAGAUAGGGAAAAGGAGAGGAUGCGGGAUAGGAGUAGGCGCAUUGGCGCGCUGCCGCUCCUCAUCGCGCAGGCGUGCGCUGCUCACGGAUAUAGCGGAAUAACGCACGGAAGGGGAAAACGCGCGGAAGGGGAUGAGGCACGGGAAGGGAUGACGAGGAAAGAGAUGAGGCGCGAAUUCCCUGAUUCCCCUCCUUUCCCCCCUUACUUCGCCUCCUUUCCUCCCUUGCUUCCCCUCCUUUCCCCCCCUGCUUCCCCUCCUUUCCACUCCUGCUUCCCCUCCUUUCCUCCCCUGAUUGCCCUCCUUUCCCCCCUUCCUUCUCCUUUCCCCCCUUCCUUCUCCUCCUUUCCCCCCUUGCUUCCCCUCCUUUAA